GCGGCGGGAGCCGGCAUUACAUCAGAAAUGAUGGCGGAUCACGAGCAUAACAGCAGAGGUUCCCCUGCCGCUGGAGGGCCGCAGGAGGAGGGGGACAGAGUGAAAACUAAGCCUGUCUCUUGUAGCACUGAUGGGGGAGAAGGGACCGCAGUCAAACGCUCGUCCCAGCACCUCACGCCUGAAGACGACCACGAGUCCUCAGAGUUCCCACCGGCGCCCCGCAAAGUCUCCAAGAUUGGCUUUAGCAUGAGCAGUCCGAUGGGGAAGAAGUCCAACCCCAUAUCCAUCAAACUUGGAGUAACAAAACCCAAAGAGCCUGCACCAUCAGUUCCUCCAAAGAAGCCAGGGCUGGCAUCAGUUUUUAACGAAGAUGAUGAUAGUGAACCUGAGGAGAUGCCCCCAGAAGCAAAGAUGAGGAUGAAGAACAUUGGCAGGGAGACGCCUACAUCUGCGGGACCCAAUUCCUUCAACAAGGGCAAGCAGGGUUUCUCUGAUCAUCAAAAACUUUGGGAAAGGAAGAUUAAAGCCCAAGCGGACAAAUUAAAGUAAAUGACCACCCAGUUUUGUCACUAAUGGAUUUUGUAUCGUUUAAACCGUGUCAGAGAUAUCUAAUGAAGGCUCAAAUGAUUCCUCGCUGCAGCCUCGGCUUUGACAACUCUGUGGAUAAGAUCUGAAGAAUCCUUUAAUCUUUCUAUGAUACUCUGUGACCAAGUUUACAUUUUUAACCACUACGGGCUGAUGCUAACUGAGACGAGACAUACCAGAUGCAGAGUGGGGGGAUAGAGAUAUGAGACAAACAAAUUGGCCAGAAUAUUCUUUAAACUGUGUAACAUUGGCUACAGUUAGCUGCUAGCUAACUGUUAGAUCAUGCUAGCUGAAAGCUAGCAUCUUAUAGUUCAUCAUGCCUGUUCUUAUCUGGAGCGGCUGGGUGCGGUCCUGAGCAAGCUCUUAGUGUCGCUUGUCAAACAUAUGUGUAAAAAUGUACAUAGAAGUGUGAUAAUGUUUUAUUUUUAAAUCCAUAAAUGGGAGUGUGUUAUGUUAUGGUUCUCCAGUGUUCAUAGGCUUACAGAUGGAUUGACCCUUUGUUUUCACCAGCUGUGCCACCUCAGUUUGUUUUAUGUUUGAGCUUUGUGCCCGUGUUUCUGUUUUCUCUCACUCAAUACUUUAUUUGUCUGCUUCACUGAAUUUGGCAAAGAAAAAAAGUAGCUGCCACCUUUUAUUUUCUCUUGACAAUGGAAGGACUGCUAGUGGUUAUAGGUGAUAGUCAUCCAGUCACCAGGGACUUCCUGGGCGUUAAAACGCAGUUCAGAAAUGAUUAAGCACUCUUAAAAAACUCAUAUCCAUCACCACUUUAACAUCAGAAAGCUCAGUUCGGAAAUAUUACCCCAGUCCAGAUAAAUGUGGUACCCCAAUGACUUUUCCUGUGCCUGACACUUUUUUGGAAACCCCCCUGUUUAAAAAUAGAAACUCAGAAUUUCUCCAUGGGUUAACUGACUGUUGUGCUUCUCCCAAUGAAUCACAAUAAUAUCCACCAUUAUGACCUCUUGAAUACAUUAAAAAUCAGUCAAAUAAAAGUUUUGGAUGAUGUG